CGGCCCCAACGGUCGAGCGGGGCGCCGGGAGAGAUGAGCACUGGCCGUGACUGUGGCGGCGCUGGGCCCGCGGUGCGGUCCCGCGAGGGCAGUCGCGGAGAGGUUGGCUUCGCUCCGUCGGCGCUGGGCACCCGAGAGCAUUGGGAUGCUGUUUAUGAGAGAGAAUUGCAAACUUUUCAAGAAUAUGGAGAUGCAGGAGAAAUUUGGUUUGGAGAAGAGAGUAUGAAUCGAUUAAUAAGGUGGAUGGAAAAACACAAGAUCCCAUUGGAUGCCUCCAUACUUGAUAUUGGAACUGGAAAUGGUGUUUUCCUGGUUGAACUUGCAAAAUUUGGUUUCUCUGAUAUUACUGGGAUUGAUUACUCUCCUUCUGCAAUACAGCUUUCUGGAAGUAUUAUAGAGAAAGAAGGUUUAUCUAACAUUAAGUUGAAGGUGGAAGACUUUUUGAAUCUUUCCACAAAGCUGUCUGGAUUUCAUAUUUGUGUUGACAAAGGAACUUUUGAUGCCAUAAGCCUUAAUCCUGACAAUGCAAUUGAGAAGAGAAAGCAAUAUGUGAAAUCUCUUUCUAGGGUGUUGGAAGUGAAAGGCUUUUUUCUAAUUACCUCAUGUAAUUGGACCAAGGAAGAGUUGCUAAAUGAAUUCAGCGAAGGAUUUGAACUUUUUGAAGAACUGCCAACACCUAAGUUCAGCUUUGGAGGCAGAUCUGGAAACAGUGUAGCAGCAUUGGUAUUCCAAAAAACAUGAGGCUUUUCCUUGGACAAAUGCAGUUAGGUUUUUUAAGAAGCUACACAUCAAAGUAAACCUGACACAGAAAAUGAAAGUGCCAGUAAUUGCUUAGUAAGUACAUGGGAUGCGUACAUUAAAUGUAUAUGAUGGGAUGAUAAAAAAGCAUGAGGAUGUAAGUGCUUGUGUUAUAGGGAUCAACUAAGAAUAAUUUUUAAUUUUUUAAUGUAUUUGAAAUGUAAAUAUUUUUCUUUUUGAUUAAAAAAAUGUCCUGUAAUUGCUGAACAGUUUACAGACUUUACGGCAGUAAAUAUAUUGGCAGAAAACAUGUACUCUUGAUUUUUGUGCCUUGGUAAAGUGGCAUUGAAUAAUAGCUAUUUAUGAAGGCUUGACCAAACUAUUCCAGGACCAGAAUAAUAAGCAAAUCAGCUUUUUUAGUGUUUUAUUAUAUUAUUUAAGAAAUAUAACUAAUAGGAAACACUAUUUUGGGUCAAAUAUUGGUAAUGGUGGUUAUUUUUAAAAUUAUUUAACACUUGGGAAAAGCCCCCUGGCCAUGAAGUACAAAAUUAAGCAAAAUUAGAAAAAUGUAUCAGUUGAUUAAGCCUGUUUCCUGUGGCUCAUGGUCUUUAGUGCACUGUGAGGGAUAAACAGGAAGUGGAAGGAAAGAGAACUGACAAAUUGCUGUAUGUUAGGCACUGUGUUGGGUUCUGUUAUUUUAUUAAAUCAUCGUAUUUUUCCAGUAUCUUUUUGAGCUAUAUAUUACUUAUUCCUGUUUGUAUGUAAAAAAAGUUAGUAAGUCUAUGACAAGUCAAGUUACUUCUACAAGGUCAAACAUCCAGUCCAGGAUGAAGCCAGGAUUCCUCUCUGGGUUAAUCUGGUUCCCUUCUCUUUCCAUGGCAUGUUCUGCCUCCCAAGUGCCAACUCUCUGCCUUUGUGGCAUUUACAGUUCACUUGGCUAACCAGGACUGGUACAUUUAAAAUUGAGUUAGACGCAGGAUAUGACUCCCAGGUGAAUUUGGACCCGGCAGCGUGAGAUUGAGAACAUCUUCUUGACCAAAAGGGGGAUGUAAAAUGAAACGAAAUGAAGUUUCACUGGCUGAGAGAUUCCAGAUG